CUCGCCGGCCUCCCUACCCGGACCUUCCUCCGUUCCCUCUUCCUCACCAGUGUCAUGGCCUCGCCGCUUCUUACGCCGUGUCUCUCGCUCAUGAAACUCCUCGUCGAUUCCCCCUCCGCGCUUCUCCGCCCUUCCUCCAACUCCGUCAUGGACUACCUCCUCCGCCGCACCAUCUACGACCAUUUCUGCGCGGGCACCAACGAGGUCGAGGUCCGUCAGACUGUCCAGGAGAUGAAGCGCUUGGGCUUCAAGGGCGUGAUCCUGGGGUACGCGCGGGAGUCGAUCGCACAUGUGAGCUCCGAAUCCCACGCGGAGACAAAGGCCGCGUUGCUACAGGAACAGCAACAACAAGCACAGUGGGAGCGGGCUGUCGAGGAAUGGAAGGAAGGGAAUCUGCGGACGUUGAGGAUGCUGGGCGAGGGCGAUUAUUUGGCUGUCAAAUUCACCGGCGCUGGUCCGCUAGCUGUCCACUCGCUCACCCGAGGCGAUCCUCGGCCUCCGCCGCAGAUCGCAGCUGCCAUCUAUGAGAUAUGCGCGGCAGUGGCAGCGCAGAAUUCCCGCCUGUGGAUUGACGCGGAGCAGCAGGUGUUUCAGGCGGCGAUUGACGCCUGGGCGGUGGAGCUGAUGAGGAAGUUCAAUCGGUCUGCUGGGACGGUCAGAGAGGAAACGCCCAUUGUGGUCCUGAAUACUUACCAGGCUUAUCUGAAGCGCUCGGCGGAUAUCUUGGCUGGUCAUCUGCGAUUAGCUCGGGAAGAGGGUUGGGGCGUGGGGGUGAAGUUGGUCCGAGGGGCGUAUAUCGCACAUGAUCAACGGGAUAAAAUCUGGGAAACCAAAGAGGAGACAGAUUUUAAUUACAACGGAAUCGUCCGGGCGUUGGUUGAAGGUUACUACCCCUCGUCGUCUGCCACUUCCUCAAAGGAGGGGUCUCCCGAGGUGGAGGAUCUGCCGACAGUGCGACUGUUUGUGGCUUCGCAUAACGGGGAGAGUGUAACCAAGGCGUGCACACUAUACCAACAACGGCGGAAGGAAGGGCGGAAGACAAUUCCUGUCGAGGUGGGUCAGCUGCAGGGGAUGGCGGACGAGGUGAGCCUGGGUAUGGUUGCUGCGGGCGGCGGUCAUGCGGAAGCGAAACCCGGGGUGUUCAAGUGUUUGGCCUGGGGUUCCACGGAGGAGUGUCUACACUUUCUGUUGCGGAGAGCAGUGGAGAACCAGUCGGCGAUGCAGCGGACGCGAGAUACGGCACAGGCGUUGAGGGGGGAGGCAUGGCGGCGGAUG